AUGGAGGGCAAGGACGCCGAAGUAGAGCAGAUUGCAGAGGAGACGGAAGCCGAGAUUCCCGAGGAGAUCCCUGCCAUGAAGGCCAAAGAAGUCCUUUACUGUGGUGUCUGUGGCCUGCCUGCCGAGUACUGCGAAUUCGGACCUGACUUUAAUCGAUGCAAGCCGUGGCUGAUCGAGCACUGCCCCGAGAUCUACCCUUCGCUGAUCAAGAAGGAAGGCGAGGAAGGCGAGGAGAAGGAAGGAGAAGGGGAAGAGGAAGAGAAGAAGAAGUCCAAGCGUGGCGGCAAGGGAGUGGUGAAGGCCGACAAGGGACCCCAGAAGGGAGGCAAGGACGCCGAGUUGACCAUCACCACGAGCCAGAAGAAGGGCAAGAAGAUCGUCACCACGGUCUCUGGCCUCAAGGGAUACGGCGUCAACCUCAAGGACGCAGCGAGUGUGUUCAAGAAGAAGUUUGCGUCGGGCGCGUCAGUCACGAAGGAGGGUGACGUGGACAUUCAGGGUGAUCUGAGCCGCGAAGUCAAACAGCUUAUCGUGGAGAAUGCCGAGUGGAACAUCCCGCGAAAGUCGAUCAAGAUCGUGGAGUCCACCAAGAAGCGACACUGA